AUGCUGGUUACCUAUUUGGAAGCCAGCCGGGACCUUUGCGAGACGGACUCAAUUCUUUUUGGCGCCGCACUGGCAAUCUGCCGUAUUAUAGGCGCCAAACUUUCCACGGCUGGACGCGCUACUGGACAAAGUAGUGCUAUCCCAGCCUGGAGAAUAAGAAUUGAAGAACGUAUCGCAAAGGCUAGGGUCCUCAUCGGCAGACUGAUAUGCUUCAGGUCAGUCAAUACCAGGCCAAGGAUUGUGCGCACCGUCAGGAUGGCGUUUGCUGGGACAAAUGUUAGUUUGUCCCAGCCGGAUAUAAUGCAAAAACUGACGGAGCGCAUAGACGACCUGAAGCAAAGAAUCGCUGCUUGGGGAAAGCGGAUUCGGCGAUAUACCGAGAGGUCGACACGGUUCAACCAGAAUCGUCUCUUCCAGAGUGAUCAGAAGAGGCUCUAUAAAUCAUUGGAGCGACCAAUAGUAAGUGGAAUGGGUCCAGCACCAAAUCCGACACGGUCGCAUUCUGGCGCAACCUGUGGUCAGAGCCCGUAA